AUGGCCGUUCGAUCUCAGAAGAAGGGAGAGGAAGCCGCCUCAAAGUUGCGCCAGGCGCAUCCAUCUGCCAAAACUGAAGUUUGGCCUCUGGACAUGAUAUCGUACGAUUCCAUCCAACAAUUCGUCGACCGGUGCUCCGCGCUUCCACGCAUCGACUUCGUCAUCCUCAACGCCGGUAUCGUGAAAGAGCAUUUCCAGCUGUCGCAAUACGGGCAUGAGGAGUCAGUUCAGGUCAACUACCUGUCAACAGCACUCCUAGCUAUUCUUUUGCUUCCAGUCCUGAAAGCAAAGAAGGUUGAUGGCAAGGCCCGGACUCUGUCCAUCGUCAACUCGGGUACAUCCUUGAUGGCCAACUUCAAGGAAGCCGACAAAGCACCUCUUCUGCCUGCCUUUGACGACGAGAAGACUUUCAAUAACCUCGAGCGGUAUCCAAACUCGAAAAUUCUGGGCCAUUGCUUCAUUAUCAAGCUCGCCGAGUACGUAAGAAAAGAGGACGUCGUCGUCAAUCUCGUCGAUCCAGGCUUGACUAAGGGAACAAAUCUGCACACCAACCUGAGCGGCAUAUUGAAGGCUUUCAUGGGAGCGGCCAAGGUCCUCACCGGAAGAUCACUCGAGCAAGCCGCAUCGACCUAUGUCAAUGCCGCUGUGGUGAGAGGGGAAGAGACGCAUGGCAGCUUUCUCAUGGACUGGGAGAUCUCUCCAUUCGCCUCCAUGCUUUACGAAACAAAGGGAAAGGCAGCCACUGAGCGCCUUUGGGAGGAGACCAUGGAAGAGCUCGAGUUUGCCGGGGUCCGUUCGAUCCUUCGGUCCAUGCAGGCAAGUUCGCGAUAA